AUGGAAUUUAAAAAUGUGAAAAACUUUGAGGAUUUCACCGUUAUAGUGAAUGGUUGGAAUAUAGAUUCUGAACUUCCUGAACAUGUUCGAGCCAAGUAUUAUGAGCUCUGCUGUAGUCAAAAGGCUUUCCUUCACUGCAAUCUUACUCCAGUCAUCAAUUGUAAAUUGAUUACUGAAAUUAUUUCUGGGACUGUGAAAGUGGCGAACUUCAUACGAUCUUGCAAACUUAUUACUGCCUCCAAGAAUGACUUUGCAAAUUGGAACAAAUGUUUGGAUGCCUUUGAGAGUAUGGGCAUGAAUGUUGGCUUUUUACAAGCUCGAUUGCAGCAGCUUGUGAAGCUGUACAAUGAAGCUAUGCUCAAAAGAGCUUGUUUGGAAGGGAAAAUAAGAAAUCUGGAAGUGAUGCUUAUGGAAAUACAAGAGGCCUUUGCAAGUAAAGAAAAAGAAAUUGAGACUCUGAAGUGGGAGGCUGAGAGGCAUGAUGUGAAGUUUCAAGCAGAGGUCAAUGCUCCGUGGUGA